AUGCCUCCACCCGCACAUCGUGACCGUGACAGCAAGUAUACUGCCAUCCCGAUGGAAGAGGCUGAAGAAAUUUUGACAAAUCUCGGGAAGCAAAUGUGCCACAAAUUUGAAGUUGUGGAUGUUGAUUUGAACUUAUUGGGCAAAGUAGCAGGUGAAAAUGCGAUAUCGACCGAAAAUAUGCCACGAACUCGAGUUUCGACAAAAGAUGGGUAUGCUGUGGUGGCAAACGAUGGUGCCAAAAUUAAAGCUGUUAUUGGGGUGUCACUGGCUGGAUCGGUUUAUAAUGGAGUGCUCCAACCUGGUCAAUGUGUCCGUAUCAGCACUGGCGGCGUCGUUCCAGAAGGCGCAAGCGCUGUUGUUAUGGUUGAGCACACAAUUUGCACAAAAUCCAACGAUGAAGGAGAAGAACUGGAGAUCCAGAUAAAGGAUCAUGUGUCGGAUGGAACUAAUAUUCGUGAGCCUGGAUCCGAAACUCGCAAAGGAGAGACAAUUGUGAGAACUGGAACCAAGAUUGGGUCUGCUGAAUUUGGAAUUUUGAAUGCUUUUGGGAUCAAAAACAUUAUGGUUUAUAAGAGACCAAUUGUGACUGUGAUUUCUACAGGGAACGAAGUAUUUACAAACCAAAAUAAGCUGCAAAAUCUAAAAUACAGAUUCCAGCUAGUCAACCUGGAUUGUGAGGAGGUGCCUGUUGGUAUGAUUCGCGAUUCGAAUGGACCCCAGCUUGUCGCAUUAUUCAAGGAAUACGGUAUCGAUGCCAUUGCAGGUGGAAGAGUUUCUGAUGACUUUGAAUGCAUCAAGGAAAAGUUGAGCCAGAGCUUGAAGCAAUCAGACGUAAUCGUGACUAGUGGAGGUGUGAGUAUGGGAGAGAAGGAUAAUCUCAAGGAAGUGCUUUUAUCGUUGGGAAUGACUAUUCACUUCGGAAGAGUGAUGAUGAAGCCGGGUCUCCCUUGCACUGUCGCCUCUGGACAAAUCCAAAUUGACGGAGCACUGCCAACCCUCAAAAUAGUCUUGGCUCUUCCUGGAAAUCCCGCAUCCGCCUGGGUCUGCUCACAACUUUUUGCCAUUCCUCUUGUCCGUACACUUUCUGGAUACGUGAAGCCUCGACACACUCAAAUCAGAGUUCGAUUAGCUGAAGAUAUCAAAUUGGGAGAUCGUCCGGAAUAUGUGAGAGCGUAUUUGGAGGAUUUGGGAAACAAACAAUGUCCGGUUGCUCAUAUUACUGGAAAUCAGAUUUCAUCGAAUAUUGGAAGUUUGGUAGGAGCUGAGGUGCUCCUGAUGUUGCCGAUGAAACUGGAUGGUAAAGAAUACGUGAGCAAAGACGAAACGGUCAAGGCAAUGGUUUUGUAG